AUGGGGCAGGCCAUGUGCGGCUGUGCGUUCAGUGUGGAGAAGCAUUCCAGAUCGGGUUACUGGUCUAAUUGGGAAUUCCACCACUGGCACGAUUACACUAGACCUUACUCAGAGAAAAUUUUGAAUUGCAUGGCGUCGAUAGGAUACACCAUGAAAAACUGUGGAGAAUGUGGAUAUCCUAUCGAGCAGGACACCAUAGAAUUGCAUCCUCUUUUGAACAAGAAUGUAUCCGAACUGUGCGGUCAUGCGCGAAGGCAAAGAUUCGAGAAACAAGAUAGGAAGGAGUUUGAGAACUAUGUAGCGGAUGUCUUCCCGAUGAGGAAAGUACAAAGAAAACUUAGAAAUACCAGAAACUUGGUUCUAUUCUUGGUUGAAAACUGUACUGCCUGGCUCUACCUUACCAAACCUAUUGGUAACAGCUUGAAAGUCGCUAUCUCGGACCUCUUCUUUCUGCUGCUCGACAUUCAGCGACGCAUUCCAGAAGACAGCAACGAUUUUCUUGAACGAAUGCAUCACAUGGAGGUGAAAGCAAGAGAUCUCAUUGCAUUGAUACAGCGAUAUAAGCUCAAUUGGCGUAACUUUUGA